UCAAAGAUUCGCACACUCCUGCAAGGCUUGGAGUUAGGAGACCAGCGCCCGUCACAACUGUUAAAUCAUAUGCGUGCUCUCGCCGGCAAGGCAGUUGGGGAACCACUAUUAAAGUCCUUGUGGCUAUCAAGAUUACCAGCGAACACUCAAAGUAUUCUUGCUGCGCUAAGCGAGGACCUACUCCAACUAGCUACGAUAGCCGACAAAAUCUCGGACCUAACCAUCACGCAAAGUGUAAAUUCCACUUCGAGUCAACAGUUAACGCACCCUUCCUCGUUAGAAUUUCAAAUUGAGCAGCUUACCAAUCAGGUAGCAGAAUUAUCGGCCAUAGUGCAUUGGGAGCGACCACGUGAGAUGAAUAGUCGUCCAAUGUUCCACCCCCGAAAACGUAGCCAGUCCCGAGGCCGUUACCGCAGGUACAAAGAACCGAUGAACAAUCAAUGCUUUUACCAUACCAACUUUGGAGAGAGAGCCAGGAAAUGCACACCUCCCUGCUCUUUCCAGCCGUCGGGAAACUAGCAGAGCGGCCGUCUGGGGCCAACAGUUGCGACUGCUUGAUUGACCGAAUAUUUAUGGCCAACCCGUCUACAAACUUGAGUUUUUUGGUCGAC